CGCGGCAGCGCGAGGACAGCUGGGGCCGGAAGUGCGUGCGUCCGUGCCUGCGGGCUCCGGGACCGGCGGGAGCGGUGAAGGCUGGGUCGCGAGCGCCGUCCCGGAGCUGCCUGCCCCGCCAUGGGCCUCCUGUCGGACCCGGUGCGGCGGCGCGCGCUUGCCCGCCUCGUACUGCGCCUCAACGCGCCGCUCUGCGUACUAAGCUACGUGGCGGGCAUCGCCUGGUUCCUGGCGCUGGCUUUCCCACCGCUUACCCAACGCACUUACAUGUCGGAGAACGCCAUGGGCUCCACCAUGGUGGAGGAGCAGUUUGCUGGCGGAGACCGUGCGCGGGGUUUCGCCCGGGACUUCGCUGCUCACCGCAGGAAGUCGGGGGCUCUGCCAGUGGCCUGGCUGGGGCGGACGAUGCGGUCAGUGGGGCUGGAGGUCUACUCGCAGAGUUUCUCCCGGAAACUGCCCUUUCCAGAUGAGACCCACGAGCGCUAUAUGGUGUCGGGCACCAACGUGUACGGCAUCCUGCGGGCCCCUCGCGCUGCCAGCACUGAGUCCUUGGUGCUCACUGUACCCUGUGGUCCUGACUCUACGAACAGCCAGGCAGUGGGGCUGCUGCUGGCACUUGCUGCCCACUUCCGAGGGCAGAUUUAUUGGGCCAAAGACAUCAUCUUUCUGGUGACAGAACAUGACCUUCUUGGUACUGAGGCUUGGCUUGAAGCUUAUCAUGAUGUCAAUGUCACUGGCAUGCAGUCAUCCCCACUGCAGGGCCGGGCUGGGGCCAUCCAGGCGGCUGUAGCCCUGGAGCUGAGCAGUGAUGUGGUCACUAGCCUUGAUGUGGCUGUGGAGGGGCUCAAUGGGCAGCUGCCUAACCUCGACCUGCUCAACCUCUUCCAGACCUUCUGCCAGAAGGGGGGACUGCUGUGCACACUACAGGGCAAGCUGCAGCCCCAGGACUGGACAUCGAUAGACGGGCCACUGCAGGGUCUGCAGACACUGCUGCUCAUGGUUCUGCAGCAGGCCUCCGGCCGCCCCCGCGGCCCCCAUGGCCUCUUCCUCCGCUACCGUGUGGAGGCUCUAACCCUACGUGGCAUCAAUAGUUUCCGCCAGUAUAAAUACGAUCUGGCGGCAGUGGGCAAGGCCCUGGAGGGCAUGUUCCGCAAACUCAACCACCUUCUAGAGCGGUUGCACCAGUCCUUCUUCUUCUACCUGCUUCCUGCGCUCUCCCACUUCGUCUCCAUCGGCCUCUACAUGCCAGCUGCUGGUUUUUUGCUCCUGGUCCUUGGUCUCAAGGCUCUGGAACUGUGGAUGCAGCUGCAUGAAGUUGGAGCGGGCCCUGAGGACACUCGGGGGGGCUCUGGACCCAGCCCUCCCCCCUCCCUAGCACAGGGCAUGGGGCUGGCCUCGCUUGUGGCGCCCUUGCUGAUCUCACAGGCUGUGGGCCUGGCCCUCUAUGUCCUGCCAGUGCUGGGCCAGCAUGUAGCUGCCCAGCACUUCCCUGUGGCUGAGGCUGAGGCCGUGGUGCUGACCUUGCUGGCCAUCUAUGCAGCUGGUUUGGCCCUUCCACACAACACUCACCGGGUGGUGAGUGCACAAGCCCCGGACAGGGCCUGGAUGGCCCUGAAGCUGGUGGCUUUGAUCUACCUGGCACUGCAGCUGGCCUGCAUCACCCUCACCAACUUCUCACUGGGCUUCCUGCUGGCUGCCACCAUGGUACCUGCUGCUGUGCUCACCAAGCCCUACGGGCCCCGGCCACUGUACGCUGCACUGCUGGUGCUGACAAGCCCGGCAGCCACACUCCUGGGCAGCCUGUUCCUGUGGCGGGAGCUGCAGGAGGCUCCACUGUCACUGGCUGAGGGCUGGCAACUCUUCCUGGUGGCGCUAGCGCAGGGGGUGCUGGAGCACCAUAUCUAUGGUGCUGUACUCUUUCCGCUGUUGUCUCUGGGUCUCUACCCCUGCUGGCUGCUCUUCUGGAAUGUUCUGUUCUGGAGGUGACUGCCUGCUUUGUGGCAUGAAAAUGGGUGGGGACUCUCUAGGCACCCCAUAUCUGCUCCUUCUUGGGAAAUAAACAGAUGUCUUGUUUCAGCUGC